AAAAAUGUUCUGCAAAGGGGGAGAGGAGGUUGUAGGUCUAGUCGGACGACAAUACUGGCGCAGUUCUUGUUUAUCGUCUGUAUACUUACCGCUACGGCAAGCGGGUAUGCCUUCUCCACUUUCCUGCCUCUUUCCCACUCUACCUCCGAAAACCAUGCUUCCACGACUCCCCGCAUGCUGCUUUCCGGCUUCUUCCCCGCGGGAACCACCGGCAGUAGGAAGGAUUCUACUCAGAUUAAAAAGCUGAAAAAGACUCUUUUUGAAACGAUGGAAGGGUCCGAUCGAGGACGGGUCAACCUGGGAGGAGGGAGGGAGCGGACGAUCCAGGCGAUACAAGCGCUGGCAGCAGUGAACCCGACCCCGAACAGUGCCACGAGUCCGCUGGCGUCAGGGACGUGGGAUCUAGUGUGGACUACUGAGGAGCCCUCCGGCCCCCGGGUGUAUUUCACCUGGGAAGACGCCCGCGUGAUUUAUAAAGGCUUCGUCCUCCCUUUCCCUUCCUUCUUCUUCGUCAAGAAUGCCUACUAUGACAACAUCUACUUGGACUCGGAGAUCCGAUGUGUGCGAGAUAUCCGUGGGAACUACCUGGUGGUUCGACGCGUCUAGACGUGGUCGGAAGGAGGGAAGGAGGGAAGGGAGGAAGGGAAAAAGGGAACAAAAGAGGGGCGCCUUGGGAAGAGGCUUCAUUUGACAAGGGAGAAAGGACUCGUUGGGAGGAAGCCGGGUGGGUGAGGCAUACGAGAGAUGGAAGGUUCUAGAUCGUUGGGUAAGAGGGUCUCUACCCCGAAAUUUGAAAUUACUCACAACCGGAAAAUGA